ACCAAACCACGCACAAAAAUGGGCAGUUCGGAAAAUGAUCUCCUUCCAAAAGACACCAUCGGAAAAGUCAUCACUUGCAAAGCCGCGGUGGCUUACGGUUGCGGCGAGCCGCUGGUGCUGGAGGAGAUACUGGUGGCGCCGCCGCAGAAAAUGGAGGUCCGAAUUAAAAUCCUCUAUACAUCAAUCUGUCACACGGAUCUCAGUGUUUGGCUAGGAGAGCAUGAAGCAUACAGAAUAUACCCCAGAAUUCUCGGGCACGAGGCAUCCGGCUUGGUUGAAUCUGUGGGAGAGGGAGUGGAUGACUUGGAAGUGGGGGACCACGUGGUGCCGGUGUUCAACGCGGAAUGUCGAAAAUGCCCCUACUGCACAUCCGAGAAGACAAACAUGUGUAAGAGAAUUGAAGUCAACCCUGCCGUGGCAACCAUGGUCAACGACGGAAAGUGCCGGUUUUCGACCAAAGACGGUCAACCCAUCUAUCACUUCCUCAACACUUCCACCUUCACCCAAUACACCGUCGUUGACUAUUCCUGUGUUGUCAAAAUUGACGCAAAUGCCCCUCUCCAGAAAAUGUCACUAUUAGGCUGCGGCGUUUCUACAGGUCUAGGUGCCGUGUGGAACACCGCCAAUGUGCAGCCAGGUGAAACUAUAGCUGUUUUUGGCCUUGGAGCUGUGGGAUUGGCUGCGGUAGAAGGGGCUAGGACUAGGGGAGCUUCAAGAAUCAUUGGAGUCGACAUUAAUCCUGAUAAACGAAUUAAAGGAGAAGCAGUUGGAAUAACUGACUUCGUUAACCCCAAGGAUCUCGAUAUACCAGUGCACCAGAAAAUAGCGGAAAUGACAGCCGGUGGCGUGGAUUACAGCUUCGAGUGCGCCGGAAACUUAGACGUCCUCCAUGAGGCCUUUCUGUCGACCCAUGAGGGUUGGGGUUUGACGGUAUUGAUAGGGAUGCAAACAUCGCCAAGAUUGCUCCCCAUACAUCCGAAGGAUUUCUUCAGAGGACGGAAAAUGGUGGGAUCGAUUUUUGGGGGUUUCAAGCCCAAAUCACAAUUGCCUGAUUUUGCUCGACAAUGCAUCAACGGGGUUGUGAAGCUGGACGAAUUCAUCACACACGAGAUGCCAUUUUCGAAGAUCAAUGAUGCAAUGCAACUCCUCGUGGAAGGCAAAACCUUGAGAUGCCUUCUUCACCUUUAAUUUAAUUUAAGGGGGUUGUUGAUUUAUGAAUGAAUUAGACAUACUGUAUGGUUUGCUAUUUAUAUCUUAUCCGAUGUUGCUAAUUAUUUCGUAAUCUUUUUCGAAUCCUAUUCAAUCAAA